AUGGCGUGCAGUCCAUCCCGAGUGUUCGCAGCCCUUAUGCCGGCGCACUACUCUGGAGACACGUACGAGAAUGAGAACGAACCAAGUUUUUGUCGGGCGGCGAAACAGACCUCUUUCCAGUCCCCUCGCCCGCUGAGAGAGAUUCAGGUAACAGGUUGCGCUGAGCUUUGCUCUCCACCGGAUCGCGCUACCGUUACAAUCAGUGUUAGCAACAGCAAGGAAUCGGUCAACGACGUAACUAACAGUAUCACGCGCCGAGUUGACUACAUACUGCAGACUUUACGACAGCAUGAAGUAAAGGAAGGGGACACAGUCGUAGUGAAACAUAUCCAGCGAGAAGACGACCUGUAUCACAUGCAGGCGGAGGUGAAGGUGGUAUUUUCUGACUUUGAGAGGAUGCAGCAGGUACGCUGUGUUUUGAUGGAGAAGCUUGACAAGAGUGUGUGUGUUGGAGCCCCGCAAUUCACACACACCCCUGAGUGUCUCAGUCUGUUGCGGCGCAGAGUGUGUGUGGCAGCAGUGGAGAGCGCUCGAUUGAAAGCCAGCGAGGUGUGUGGCAUGCUGGGACAGAGUUUGGGACGGCCGCUGCUUGUCCGAGAGGAGGAGUCUCGAGAAUGGGGAUGUGGCCAGCAGGAAUGUGUGGAGGCCCCGCCUCCACUUCAGGACAGAGUUAAGCGCACAUUGGUCUCUGCCUCUUCGCGUGUGUUUGUGACGUUUGAGCUGCAACCUAAGGUCAGAUCCAGGAGGAAACUGUGA